AUGCAGCGUUUCAACACUGUUGACGAUAUGAUUGCGGUCGUCAAGGCUGCAAAGGACAAGGCGGCAGCUGAAAAGCAAAUGCCGCCUGUGCCUAUGCCAUACACUCCGCCUUUCUUGUUACGAAUGCAGCUGGAGUUUCAACGGAAAGAGUUGAUGGAUGAAUUGACGAGUAAAUCUCAUAAAAAGAAUAUGCGGCUCACCUACAUUGGCCAUGAGGGCUUCUACUCUAGCACGCCGCUUCAAAACCUCAAACCAAUUCUCUUGAGAGAAAUGCAGAUCAGAGUAAGAUAUACCGGGCGCUUGUUGUUAUGCCGAACCGUGGGCCCCGCAAGUCGACUUGUAUGUGUGACUUUGGGGGUUGAAGAUCCAGACGGAUGGGCUCAAGUUGUCUCCAUUUACAACUUUCCAGGUACCCACGCUGCUUUCGGAGACGAACUCGACACCAUGUUUCCCGAGAAUAGCAUCAUCGCCAUCCGCGAACCCAUGUCCAAGAUGGCAUUGGGGGCAUCACACUCACACAUCCGCAUCGAUUCCCCAUCCGAUAUCGUCCUCCUCAAGCCCGGCGACCCCCUGCUGAGUGGUGUCCGCUGGGCGACUGGCGUCCGUCAACACCCUCUCUUGAAUCACGCAACUGUGGGGUGGAAGGAGAUUGGAGAUAAACACUUUCGCAGUCAGCAGUACUUUGCGGCGGUCGUCGCCUACUCGAACGCCUUGCACCUCAAUCGCGAAAACGUCACCAUACGCCUCAAUAGGUCCUUGGCGAGACUCCGGUUGAAGCAUUAUGAAGCGAGUCUCAGGGAUCUUCAAACGAUUCUGUCUUCGAGCUGUUUGGGUGAUGGCGAGGAGGUCAAAGCACUCUAUCGUUCUGCUCAGGCCCAUUAUGGACUGGAGCGUUUUGCAGAAGCAAAGGCGCUGUAUGAACGCUGUCUAUCGCUCAACCCAUCGCUCGAAGAAGCCGUGGCGGGAGUCUCCAAAUGCACGCAACGACUUUGCGAGCAAUCGCUGGGUGACUUUGAUUGGGCGUCCAUGUUUGACGCGGUGUCUCGCUCUGCCUCGCUUGGUGCAUGUGAGGUGGCUGAUUAUGUGGGUCCGAUUAAAGUUGCACCAAGGUCAUCUCGAGGUGGAGGACGAGGUGUAUUUGCGACACAGGAUAUCGAUGCUGGCGAGCUCCUGAUGGUCCUCAAGCCCAUAGCUGCAGCGGUGGAUCAGCCAACGGCGGCAUCCUCUUUCUGGUCAUUCAACUUUCUCACCAAUGCAAUGGAAACUCAGUCGAGAUAUGAUCUCAUUCAAAAGCUCGUGCCAAUGUUGGUGGCGGAAGAAAGCCUCACCCGCGGGUUUUUCCAGCUUUACUCGCGCAACAACGGCGUCAAGAGCGAGCAAGUCACCAACGAUCACUUUGACGUCGAGGACCAUACUCUCCCCCUUUCCUCGUGGACUUUGGGCAUAUUGAAUCUAUAUGCUCCACCAAUUGGUUUGGCUUUCGCACAGUUCGGGCCAGACGACGACGACGACGGCGGCGACUCUCCCAUGACGGAGAAGGGGACUGGUUUAUAUCUCCUCGCCUCAUACUUCAAUCACUCGUGUAUUCCGAAUGCAGGCCACCAGUUUUUCAGCGAUCUCAUGGUGAUACGAGCCACACAGUCAAUCAAACAGGACGAGGAGAUCACCAUUUCUUAUUGCAGUCACGCAUCCUACGCUAGCCGGGAGAAAAAUCUGAAACCCUGGUUUGACCAAUGUGAUUGCCAACUUUGCAUCGAUGACCGGUUGGCUGGCUCCAACCGCCGUUCGGCUAGAGAAUCGCUCAGCAAAGCCGUGCGAAACGCCGCUACACCUCUCCCCCAGGCACGAGAUGCUCUCCAAAAGAUGGUAUCCACCUAUUCAUCUCAGGAGAGAGUGAGACCGGAGCUUUCGACUGCGUACCAUGCAUUCUCCCAUCGGUUACAGCAGAUGGCGCACGAAUUUGUGAGCAAGGCCGCGGCUACUGAAGCCAUUGAAAAGGAGAUUCAGUCGCUUGAGUGGCUCGGAGUAGAGGUUACUGAAAAGGGUAUCACAGAAGUCUCUGAUCACUCUCAUCUACCAACGCUACCCAUCUCUACACGACGAAUACCAAACACGUUCGGCGAACCCGAUAUGCAAUGUCUGAUGAUAUUUGGAAUGUUCGUUCUUCUGGGAUGUCCAAACCGUGCAAUGAGCUGGUUCCGAGCGGCCAUUUGGAUGUCUGAGAAAACAAUUGGAGGUGGGAUCCCCAUGUUUAAACGCACUCAUUCAGAUAUUAUCCGCGUUCUGGGACCUGUGCUCGCAGAGUUUCUGAGCAAAAUCGAGUCGGAACGAGCGUAG